AUGCGCCCACCGGUUAUUCUCGAACCUUCCGCCACCUUUUCUCCUUCUUAUUCUUCUCCAUCUGAUCGCAGGCUAAACACUCUCGCAAGACACCUUUCUCAGUUUCCAGAUCAUAAUCAAAUGGCUUCUCACGUUUCUCCUUCUCCAACCGCUUCUUCUGAUUCCGUUUUCGCUCACAUCACUCAAGCUCCCGAAGAUCCUAUCCUCGGGGUAACUGUUGCGUACAACAAAGAUCCAAGUCCUAUUAAGCUCAACUUGGGCGUUGGUGCUUACCGAACUGAGGAAGGUAAACCCCUUGUGUUGGAUGUAGUGAGGCGAGUUGAACACCAACUGUUGAACGAUUUGUCACGCAACAAGGAGUAUAUUCCAAUUGCCGGGCUAGCUGAUUUUAACAAAUUAAGUGCUAAGCUUAUUUUUGGUGCAGACAGCCCUGCUAUUCAAGAGAACAGGGUUAGCACUGUUCAAGGCUUAUCUGGUACUGGUUCUUUAAGAGUUGGGGGUGAAUUUUUGGCUAAGCACUAUCACCAACGGAUUAUAUACUUGCCACAACCUACUUGGGGAAAUCAUACAAAGAUUUUCGCCUUGGCAGGUUUAACUGUCAAAACAUAUCGCUACUAUGCUCCAGCAACACGGGGCCUCGACUUCCAAGGACUUCUAGAGGAUCUUGGUUCUGCCCCAUCUGGAUCUGUUGUUUUGCUACAUGCAUGUGCACACAACCCUACUGGUGUUGAUCCAACACUUGAACAGUGGGAGCAGAUUAGACAGCUCAUAAGAUCAAAAUCUCUGUUGCCUUUCUUUGACAGUGCUUAUCAGGGUUUUGCCAGUGGAAGUCUAGAUGCAGAUGCCCAGCCUAUUCGUUUGUUUGUUGCUGAUGGUGGUGAAUUGCUGGCAGCCCAGAGUUAUGCAAAGAACAUGGGUCUUUAUGGUGAACGUGUUGGUGCUUUGAACAUUGUCAGCAAGUCAGCUGAUGUUGCAGGCAGGGUUGAGAGCCAGCUGAAACUUGUGAUUAGGCCCAUGUACUCGAGUCCUCCCAUUCAUGGUGCAUCCAUUGUAGCUGCCAUUCUCAAGGACCGGGAUCUGUACAAUGAUUGGACUAUUGAAUUGAAGGCAAUGGCUGAACGCAUUAUCAACAUGCGCCAACAACUUUUUGAUGCUUUACGCACUAGAGGUACACCAGGUGAUUGGAGUCACAUUAUCAAGCAGAUUGGAAUGUUUACCUUCACAGGAUUGAAUCCUGAGCAAGUUUCCUUCAUGAAUAAAGAGUAUCAUAUCUACAUGACUUCUGAUGGGAGGAUUAGCAUGGCUGGUUUGAGCUCCAGAACAGUCCCACAUCUGGCGGAUGCAAUACAUGCAGCUGUUACCCGAGUUGCCUAA